AUGAUAUCUACCACUGAAACACCAUCCACCGAGAACCCGAUCAAAUUACGUGACUACCAGAUUGAUGCCGUGAAGAGUACAUUGGAUGCCAUCAAGCGUGGUGUCAAUAGACCAGCGGUGGUAUUAGCCACUGGAGGGGGUAAGACUGUGGUGAUGUCCGACCUUAUACCACGACUCACAAGCAAGAACAAAGGUGACAAAGUGCUUGUUUUGGCUCACAAGCAGGAACUCGUUCGGCAAGCAGCUACCACGAUUCAGAAAAUGAAUCCUGAUUUGGGAGUCUGUAUAGAUAUGGCAAAGUCCAAGCCGGAUCUAGAGAGCGUCGAUGUCGUCGUAGCAUCUGUGCCCACAUUGGUCUACAAAACCAGAUUAGAAAGAUACAAGCCGGAAGACUUCAAGGCUAUAAUUUUAGAUGAGUGCCACCAUGCCACUGCAAAUUCGUGGACGAAGAUUCUCAACUACUUUGGUGCAUUGGAGGAAAAGCCCAAGGUAUAUACCGUUGGUUUUACUGCCACACUUGAGAGGACCGAUGGCAUGAGCUUGGGCAAAGUUUUCGAGGAGAUGGUUUUUGAAAGAAAUCUUAUAACCAUGAUCAGGGCAAAAGAGCUAUGCGACGUCAGAUUAUCCAAGAUUGACGUUUCGGUUAAUUUGAGCAAAGUGCGGUCUACUGGAGGCGACUUUGUUCAAAAAGAGCUUUCAGAAGCUGUCAACAAAGAUGACAUUAACGUCAUGGUUACCCGGGGAUUCACGCAACUCAAGAAGAAGUACAACUAUAAAUCCACCUUGAUCUUUUGCGUGGACAUUGAGCAUUGCAAAACCCUAUGCGGGGUUCUCCAGAAGAAUGAUAUCAAGGCUCAGUAUGUAACAGGUGAGACGGUGCAUCACGAAAGAAGGGCAAUCUUGGACGAUUUCCGCGCUGGUAAGAUUGAAGUUCUCUGCAAUGUUCUUGUGUUUACUGAAGGAACUGACAUUCCAAAUAUCGAUUCCCUUGUUUUAGCACGCCCGACAAAGUCGAGAAAUUUGUUGAUUCAAAUGAUUGGACGAGGGUUGAGGCUUCACCACGGGAAAGACGUCUGCGACGUAAUUGACAUGGUGGAUGCUACAAAGCAUGGCUUCCGAAGCAUCCCUACUCUACUUGGAAUGGAGGCUGAGAUGAGAGCGGCAGGUAAGUCAGAACUGCAGAUCGAUGUCAGCUUGGAGAAACUAUUGGAAGAUACCAUUUUGCAUAAUCCUCGAGAAAAGGCCCGAUUGAAAAAGGUGGACCUUAUCGUUGACUUGCAGAAGCAACUCAGUAACUUGCAAUUGAGUUUUCAGACGAUAGAAGGGUUUGCAGACGUCGAAAAGAGAGGUGUUCUGGAAGAGAUCGACGAGGACAUAAUCCGCAUCAUCAGGGAAAGCAAACUUCCUUGGGCAAGAUUCUCAUAUUAUAAAUGGGGCACUUGUGUUGCUAACAGGAACUUUAUGUUGGAACGUUGUCCCGACGAAUAUCAAUUUUAUGAGGUGAGUUAUGCGUCCGUGAGCGAAAUAUUUGCCAGUGGUUUCAAGGUCAAUCGGUUACACGUAAAUCUUAUUCGCAAAUCAGAAAACAUUCAAGAUGUGGUACUAGACGCAGAGAACCUGCUUUACGGCAAGCUCGUUGCACUGGAGCAUAUGAAAAGACCAGCUACGGAUAAACAAAUCUCAUUCAUAGUCAAGAAGCUCGGAAAGAAAGUGGAGCUGGAAUAUGGAGCGAGCUCAAUGGAAUUCGCCGAGAAACUCAAACCAUGGCGGAUGAUCCGUGCUGCGAAUCUCUGUUUUGCUGCAAAGGUGUCUAUCAAUUGUACAUGGGUCAAAUGGGAGCUUGCGAAUCUCUAUGGCUACAGCCAGUAUACCCAUAUCAGGAUGAAGAGGAAAUUGACUAAGGUUGGUAAAAAGCUAGCAUCCGACGAUUAUCUACCUGAGGGCCCCAAAGUGCAAGAUGCUCCAAUUGUUGAAAAUCAUACCAAUAACUGGGCAGUCCUUGUGUCCACGUCAAGAUUUUGGUUCAACUAUAGACACAUGGCUAAUACUUUGAGCUUGUACAGAACAGUUAAGAGGAUGGGAAUACCGGACUCUCAAAUCAUUCUUAUGUUGGCUGACGACAUCGCAUGUAAUCCAAGAAAUGCCUUCCCCGGAACGGUGUUUAACAAUAUGGACCAAGCCAUCGACCUUUACGGUGAUGAUAUCGAGGUCGACUAUAGAGGUUACGAGGUAACCGUGGAGAAUUUCAUCAGGUUGCUCACGGAUAGAUGGGAUGAGAAUCACCCAAGGAGCAAAAGACUUCUCACUGACGAGAACUCGAACAUAUUUGUUUAUCUCACGGGCCAUGGCGGAAAUGAGUUUUUGAAAUUCCAAGAUGCUGAGGAGAUCGGCUCUUGGGAUCUUGCGCAUGCUUUCCAGCAAAUGCAUUCGAAGAAGAGGUACAACGAGAUCUUCUUCAUGAUUGACACGUGCCAGGCCAACACUAUGUAUGAGAGAAUUUAUUCUCCUGACAUAUUGUGUGUUGGUUCAUCACGCCUAGAUGAGUCGUCUUACUCGCAUCAUUCUGACUUAGAUGUCGGGGUGGCUGUUAUCGACAGAUUCACAUAUUACACUCUUGACUUCUUGGAGAAAGUUGAGAAGAACUCCAACGUCACCAUGGAUAAGCUUUUCGCUGAGUACACGUACGAGAACGUCCAUUCAAACCCAGGCAUCAGGACAGACUUGUUCAACCGAGACGUGAACGAGGUUCUUUUAACGGACUUUUUCGGCAAUGUCCAAGAAGUUGUAUUAGAUGAGGUGGAACAGGGUGUACUUGAGACUAUUAGCAGUGUUCCAAUGACGCAAAAGUCGUCGAAAAACACCACUCACUACGAGGCCUUGAGCGCAUCUUUCAGCGACUCAGGUUACAAAACGAAACAAUUGCAUCAUGUGACCAAGAAGGAGGCCAAGAUCAUCACAGCUGUGCUGGCUGUCGCUUUGGCAUCCAUCAAGAUAUCAGCUAAAAGAGCAUUGGAAGCAUACUGGCUUACAGCACCUACGAAAGUCGAACAGGCAUUGGUGGAGCUGGGGCUCAGAAAUCGAUCUCCGUUAAUCAUAAACGAAUGUGUUGUAUGGCUCAACACCAUUCUUACAGAGGUGAACCGUCACUUCAGUCUAAAUCCAUUCAUGAACGCCCUUGCCGAGAUACUCGUCCAGUAUGAAAACAACAACUUGUUGGUGGAAAACAUAAAGAUCUUGUUUGCCAACUAUUAUGACCUCAAGCAAAACAGACUCCAUAAGUUUGAACUUCAGAAGAUACUAGAGCUGCAUAAGGUUUCCACCUCCCUAAGAACGUCAAUUAUGGGUACAGACCAUGUAAUGAAGUCACGAGAUAAGCCGGAGCAUGUGGAUCAUGCACCUAAACUACCUAUCCCUAGCAUAAAGCCACCCAGGCCAGCAUCUACGCUUGUAUCACGAACCAAGGAGGAACCUAAAGCAGAGAGGCACGAAAAGGAGGAGGAGCAAACCUCUUCCUCGUCACCUGUUGAUGACAUUGUGUUUGGCCUUCAAAAUUAUAGAAUUGAUACGAAAGUGCUGCCCACGAGAUGCAAAGACGCGGACACUCUUCAUAGCAGUGUAUCCAGCAUGAUAUCUACGUUUGACGGAAAGGAGACUGAAAGAAACUGGACCCUGAGGGAAACUCAUAUCGGUACCCUAAGGUCACUUGUACGAGGAAAUGCUCACUCGGAGUUCCCCGAGGAUCUCGUUCUCGCUUUGAAGGAUAUCUCGGAGGGCAUUUGUAAGGGACUCUUGUCCCUUCGUACGACCUUGAGCGUGAGUGCAUGUUCCUUGGUGAAGGAGGCAGCGAUUCUUCUAGGAGAUAAGUUUGACUCGCUCAUUGAUCAUUUCACUCCAACACUCAUAAAGCUCAAUGCCUCUACCAAGCUGAUGACUUCCAGUAAUGCUCAUGUUGCCAUGUGUGCAAUUAUGGCCAAUUGCUCAUAUGGUGGAAAGCUACUUCACAAGAUUCAGACUGCUUCAUCGGAGAAGGGCAGCAAUACCAGAACACACUGUGGUACUUGGCUCAAAAUAUUCGUUGUUCGUUCUAGCUCUCAUGGCUCCCUCCCUCACACUGAGAUUAUCGAACGUGUGCUUAGUCGUCUUUUAUCUGAUCCGAUCUCCCCAGUUCGCCAGUCAGCCAAGGAAGCAUUUUGGUCACUCCAAGCUAUUUCCAAAGAAUCUGCUGAAAGGCUUCUAACUCGUCUUGAUGCAAAUGUCGUGAAGGGCUUGGAGCGUUCGAAACCCGCGAAGAUUGGGAAGUUAAGACCAGAAUUAACACAACCAAAAUCAUCCCGACCCUCGAUAAAGGACUCAAUUAUCGCAAAGAACAAGGAGCUUCUGGCUAAGCGUGCUGACUCGAGACUGAGCUCCAGAAACUCGUCUCAGCGUUCAGAAAGCGGCAUCGAAUUUGGCGUAAGAAAGGGACUGAGUAGGCAGAUGUCAGACCCGCCAACUAGACGCCACGCCUCUAGUCUACCCAAAAAGGACAACACCCCUCAUGAGCCAUUGCUGAAGCAACGCAGCUUUCACAAUUUGCAUAAAUAUAGCAAGGACUCUGAAAAGAAGCCCGCUUUGCGAUCAGUCGCUUCUACGACUUUCUCAUCGUCAAAUGUUCAGGGUAGAAGUACGCCUCCUUUACGGGUCAUGACAACGGCAGAUCCCAUCUUUCAAUUUUUAUCAUCUUCGAAUGAAGUUACUAUCAAAGAGGGUAUCAAUUUAUUGAAAUAUGCCAUGAUUGUUGAGGAAAUGUUCCCAGAUGAGAUUAAAUUUUAUUUGAGAAAGGUCUCUUAUACCCACCCUGAAUGCUUCCGCCCGCUUCUUGAAAGUCAGCCCGAAAUCUUUAGCAAAACUUGGACACUCAUGACUCAGGAGGACAUCUUGCGCGUCUGUUCCAUCAUCUUACCUGCUUCGAAUGAGGUCGUUGAUCGUAUGAUUGCUUUAUCAGACCGUGAAGUUUACCAAUCAGUGGGCACAAUUUUCACAUAUAUCGCAGAUUUCGACCACAUAGCUGGGGAGAAGCAUUUGGCAAUUCAAGUGAUAAAACACAAGAGCAAGAUCCUUGAACUGUUAGCCAAGUUUACUCUUGAGUGCAUCACUAAGAUUCCGGUGAGUGACGAUAACUUUGAACUACUUGCUAAGCCUUUGUUUGAUCUCGUUGCUAUAUUUCAUUCGAUGCCUGGGUAUGAUAUCUACAAAUCUUUGGUGUUAUCUUUGUAUCACACCAAUGAGAUGUUGUUUAGAAAGCUCUCUUCUCAGCUCUCGAGUAAUUGCAAGAGAGAGAUCGAGAGUAUUGCAGGUAUAGAGGAGAGAACAUCAAGUAUCGUCGAGACUUCACCAAGAAGUUUGGAGGAGAACGCAGCAGAAUCUGUUGAGGAGAAUGAACCAGAGACUAUGGAGAAUAGGACACCGGAACUUGCACAAUAUUCCCAUCUGCAAGUUGAACACCUGAUCCUGUUAAAUGUAAGUGUCACUGAGCUGACUUCAAAUGAGAACCUAGUCACAGAAACAAACAAGAUGGAGUCCGAAGUAUCAGUCGAGCAUGAUCGCCAGGUUUCUGCAGAGUCAUCUGUCGAGGAAGCAGAACCUGUGAGCAAAAGUGUCAGCGAUGAGGACAUGGAGCAAGACAAUGAACCAAUAACGGAACUAGAGAAGAAAGCCAACAGUGUUUGCAAUGAGACUCUGCCGACUCACUCGAGAUUGACUGGUUCUGAUCAUGUCGUGGGGGAGGAAUCGCCACGUCAAGGCGAGGAUGCUGAACCCACGCGGGCAGAGAAGGUAAGUGAUGAGAUGAUGGAUUGUGAAGACAAGGAGAAGAGUCCUACUAGUAACGACGAUGCUGUUGCAAGUGCUAUCGGAAGUGAGGACAGUGAAGGCCCAAGCUCUCCUAAGCCCAAGCAGAUCGUGGAGAAUAUCAAACAGAUGGAGUUCCCUUCACCAAUACCUGCUGAUCGCUUUGCAAGCAGGGCUCAAUCAUUUUCUCCCAAGAAAUCUGCUAACCCAAACAUCUUUGCAUCUGGUCUGGUAACACCCAUGAGAAAUGAGUUUUAUAAUCGGCUAAACCCAGAUCCACUGAGCGAUCUUGUUGAGAACUUUGCGCAAGUGAAAAUAACUAAUCGGUUGAAUUCAAUUCAAUCUUUCAUCGAUAAGGUUGAUCCCUUAAGCAAAGUCUCAUGCAAAGCGAGGCCAAUUUCAAUCUUUGAGGACACAAAAGUGAGCGGAUCGCCUCAAAAAGUGAAGGAAUAUAACUACACUGAACUCAAUUGGUUUAACUUUCUGGUGGCGCGUCUUGCUCUCGACAAAGAAGCUAAGGAGUUUGAUGACUACACAAUCGCUGAGUUCGACCAAUUGUGCGAGGACCUCAGAGGUGAAUUGAGUGGAAAAAAAUUUGUCAGUUUGUUGAGAUACUUGCAGAAUGAACAAUCAUCAGACUUCGACAAAUAUUUCGUGCAAGAAGGAUUGAGCAGGAUCGAAGACUCACUCCAUCAGCAUUUGACUUCCACUGUAAUCCGCGACAAGCUCAGUGGUUUGAUAAUUUUGAAACAGCUUCUCAUCAACAGAGAAAAUAUUAACUUCCUGAGGGUUUGGAAAACUCUUGUUCUACUUAGCGAAGAUGCAGCCCAUGAGAUCGAAGUCGCUAUCAACGAGGCGUUUGAUGAAGCACUCUGCGGUAUAUUCUCAAGUGCUGACAUGACACAGACAAUAGUUAAGACGAUUUGUGAGCAGUCCAGUGAUUGGACCGAAAGUACGCUCACUUACGUACUCCGUUGUUUGUUCAAGCUCGUCGCGCAGAAGACAAUGGUAUUGUCAAUAACCGACGAUCUCUUGCGUCAACUUCACGGAAUUCUCAAAUCUUACAUCAGCCACAAGAAGGUGGAGAUUCGAAAAAAUGUGGUGCAGACAUAUGGAAAGCUACUUCGUGCUGCCCGAGUAAGCGAGCUUACAGACAGCAACAUCACCCUGUCCAAUGUCAAUAAGGAAUCCAGGUUCGUUGACGAGAUUUUAGAUAGCAUGACGGGACCUCAGCGGAAGAUGGUGGAAUACUACAGUCACUGA